AUAGGGAGGUCCCGAGGCCAGCGGAGCUCCCGGGGUUUACCGGUGGUUGCCGGGGUCGCGGCCGCUCGGGCGGGCCCGGCUGUGUUGUAGUAACGGCCGCGAUGGCGGCGCGGCCGGCGCUGCCCGACUCGGUGCUGCUGCGGGUCUUGGCGCUGCUGCCGCUGCGGGACCGCCUGCGAGCGGCCAGGGUCUGCCGGCGGUGGCAGCAGCUGGCGCAGGACCGAGCGGUCUGGACUCAUGUGGAUUUGAGCCCUCACCGGAUCACCCGCCGCACGCUGUGGCACCUGGUGCGCCACCGCCUCCCCGACAGCCUGUGCACCCUGCGGCUGCGGGGCGCGCCUCGCUCCGGCCGCAAGCAGCGGCUCCUCUCACCGCCGCUGCUGGCCGCCCUUCGGAAGCGCUGUCCCCAGCUCCAUCGGCUGUGCCUGACCGAGACCGACCUCCGCCACGUCCCGUACGAGAGCAUGCCCGCUUCUGUCACCACGCUGGAGCUGAGCCUCUGCGACAUCCCCGAUGCCUGGUUCUGCGUCUCCCCUUCGGUGCCACCACCACAGGUACAACACCUCGCUAUCCACAGCAUUCACACCUUUUCUGACCAUCAUCUUCUUGACGUUUCCUCACAGAACCACUUGAAGACACUGAGCCUUUGUGGCACCUACCGCAUCACUGAUAAAGGGAUCCAAGCAGCAGCUCCCCACCUGGAAGAGCUUGAACGCCUGAUUCUACGGCACUGCAUCAUUGGCGAUGCUGCCAUGGUAUUCAUCGGGCGCCACAUGAAGCAGCUCCGCUACCUGGAAAUCAGCAAUGCCUACUUUCUAACAAACAAGGGGCUGGUUGCUAUUGUGACACUGGAGCACCUGGAGACCCUGUGCCUUGACCUCUAUGAUUUGGUCUCCCUUGGUACUGUUAUCGCUUUGUUGCAAGUGCUGCCUCGCCUGAACCACCUCAAAUUAGGUGGAACUUGCUUUGAAGAUGAGCUCCUCGGUAAAAUUCAGGAGAAUUUUCCACAUUGCACCAUAUCUCACACUCUGUGACAGCCUGGAGUGCUAUUCUUCCUUAGUACACCUGAAGUGCUCCUUUUUUCCCUCUUUUUAUAAAGCCUGUUUUCAUGUACGUAGCUUUGGGACAGAAUUCCCAUUGGCCUUAAAAUAUUAUGUUUUUUCACAUAAAUAUGUUAAAGAGCAUGUCAUGUAAAUAAGUUUGUUAACAAGCAUUUGGUAGGAUUCCCCUCUCCUUGUUUUCCAUGGAUCAGAGGAAUAGGAAAGCCAGGAAGCACACCUAGACUUUGGGAACCAAAAAUCUGGCUGGGGUGAUGACAAGUUCAAGCUCUGUCUUCUCCUCUUUCUCCACUGCCAAGGAUCAGGCAGCAGCUUAAUGAGUGCAGAAUUCAAGGAGUGAAGUGAGGCACCCUUCUGUCAUGGAAAAAAAUAGAGCUGGCAGCCAAAACCUCACCAUUAACAAUUCCUUCUCCUUUCCUUCAAAUUCAGAUCUUCAAGUCACUUGUCACUGGUCAUGAAGAUUCCUGAACACCUGGUCCCAAGAGCCAGACAUCCCAGUUUGCCCCCAGGCAACCUCUGGGUUUUGCUGGUAGCAUCCACAUUUUCUCAUCACUUUUAUUGUCUGUGUUCACAUCCUCUUCCUCCCCAUCCCCCAAUAUCCUAACACCAGAUAACCACCUAAAAGUUAUGUUGUGAUUCUUAAUUUUUAGUCUAUAUUUUAAGCAAGUAUUGUAUUUAUUUUAAAAAACUUGCAAGCUUUUAACUUUCAUUUGAACCCUUGUUUUUAGGACUUGGGUUUGUUUUUUUUUUAACCUGCUUCAGCAUCUCUCCUGCGCCUUAGGAUAGCCUCGUUUGUGACAAGAGCAUCCCACAGGAAACAGAGCAGGACAUCUAAUGCCUCAGUUGAGUCUUUUCUGCCCUCUUCUCAUCCCAGACACCCCCUGCUCUCCAUUCAGCUGCAGCACAAUCAAUAAACCUUUGGGUUUCAGAUGGUCCUGGAUGGCAGUGACUCUCCCUGUGGUGAAAUCCCCAUUGCUGUAGGGUGGCCUUUGUGCCCUUGCCUCUUUUUUGUUCCUAAAUCCAGUCUCAGGGUAGCUUCAGGGCAAAUAUCCAAAGGUAAAAUGUUCCAGCUCUGCUUUGGAAAGCAUCCCAAGGCUGCUGACUGAGAUUAAUACUGAUGGAAUCAGCCUUAUUAAAACCUCCAGCAUUCCCUGUUCCAGCACUCUCUGGGAUGGGGAGGGAUAGUACAACAGGAAAAGGGAAAAUCAAAACCAGUAAAAAUCCAUCAGUCAGUCAAGGCACAGUGAGAUGUGGCAAGAACCUCAAUGUUCUCCUGAUCUUUACAGCAAGUUCUUUGCAAUCCUGAUGGCACAACAACAGAAUUUAAUAUCCCCACAGUCACAACAUGCCAGUUUUCCAUUAACUAACUGCUGAACAGGGAACAGCAAUUACAAUUGAUAUGGUGCAAAGCAGAGUGUUUUGGGUUUGGAAGCAGGAGAAGAGUUGUAAAUAUUGGAUGGCUAUGGGCAAAUUAGAGGAAUAAACAACUGGAAGGUCUUUAAUCAGCAAUUCUGGAUCUGCUCACCCUCCUCACAUACCUGCUUGAAGCUCUUUGGAGGGCUGCUCUUGACCUUUAUUUAUUCUGAUUUCCAAAUUCAAGGGGUUUCUGUUCAGUUCAUCUCCAUUUCAUCUUUUGCUGUUUUGAGUGUUUCUUCCCCCAACCCCACCUUCUCAGUGUCCAUAUACACAUAAUUACA